GUCUGCAGUAGCCGAAGGGACCCCGGAAACGCGCCGCUCGCGUCGCCAGCGCGCUGCAGAUCCAGGAAGCGGAACGAAAGAAGUUCAUUUCUCACAGCUGGUGAUGGCGGAUGCUGUCGAAAUAGAGACCAUGAAGAAUUAUAACAUAGCGUUUGAGAGGAUAGACCCGAGCAUUAGCCGCUAUCCCUACUGUAUUGUAUGGACGCCCAUCCCCGUGUUAUCAUGGCUCUUUCCUUUCAUCGGACACAUGGGUAUUUGCACCUCCACUGGAGUGAUCCGCGAUUUUGCAGGUCCAUACUUUGUCUCAGAGGAUAACAUGGCAUUCGGAAGACCGACAAAGUACUGGAUGUUAGACGUCAGUAAAGUGUAUGCCAGUGGAUCUAACGUGUGGGACACAGCAGUUCACAACGCUUCAGAAGAGUACAAACAGAGAAUGCACAACCUUUGUUGUGACAACUGUCACUCGCAUGUUGCCAUGGCACUGAACCUGAUGCACUAUGACAACAGCACCUCGUGGAACAUGGUGAACCUCUGCCUGCUGUCACUCAUUCAUGGCAAACACGUCAGUUGCGUAGGCUUCCUGAAGACCUGGCUUCCUUUCUGCAUCUUGACCAGUGUGAUCCUGGCUGUGACUCUAUCUCUAAACCUGCGAUGAACCAGCGGGGUCACACACAGGCGAACGGGCUCGCCGCCCAUCAGAGACCCGUCACUCCAGCUCCAGCGCGACUCCAGUGAAUGUCCAGCUCUUCAGAGCGUAAAGGAGCUCAACGUCCAAAAUCAAACGCUAGACCUCUUCGUCGUAGGGUAGAGACAGCAAAUACACCAUGGCUUCUACGUCUUGUGGUGAUGUACGAAAUGCUAUUCUCAAAACCUGUCUUCCAAAAGGCAUGACUUUGGUGUCUCUUGACGGUUAUGGUGCUCUUUUAUCGUUUGGUUAGACUUUGAUCUCCAAACUUUAACUGCUGUUUAGGAAAUAUAACACUAUAACGUGUAUAUAAAUAUAUUUUAAAUAUAACUUGAAUAUGAAUUUCUAAUGAUGCUGUGUUCUUUCUGAGAACAUGGUUUAUUGCAGAAACAAUGCAUUGUAUAUUAAGAGACUCUGGAAGAUGGAUUUCCUUUAAAAAUUCUUACUAUGAAUACAAAAGCUUAUUUAAAUUAACACUUUUUUAGGAGUACCCUUUUAGUUGUUUUAUUGGCAACAUAAACAGCUUUUAAUAUUGUAGCUUGGCAUGCUUAAAAGUGUAAUUGUUUUCGAAUUACUUACGGAGAUUAGCAUUCAAAAAUUGCUAGUUAAUCAAUAAGCAAAUCGUGUUUGCAUUAUGUAUUGAAAAGCAUUCUUUGGCCAGCUGUUAUUAUAUUGCAUAAUUUAUAGUUAAUGCAUUAAUUUACUAUUAUUACAUUGCAUUAUAAACCAUUAUGAAACUGCCUUCUCAAGUUGAACGUGAUACAUUUAAAAGUGUAAAAUGUAGUUAUGGGACUUGAUUUUAUUUGUUGGGAAUUGAUUGAAAUAGAAAAAAAGCAUGCAUUCCAUCGCAGAACAGACCAGACACGAACACGAAGGCUUGAAAUUUAAGUAGCCUUGAUGAAUUUAGCCAAUUUAGACAGUUGUUUCAAUUAAUUUGAGGAAAGGUUAUGAAGAUAGACAUUUAGUUUUCUAACAUGCACUAAUAAAUCCUGCACAGUAAGACCAGGAAUCAAGGAAAGUAAAUGAUGCCUUUAAUAUGUCUUUGUUGUCCUGAGGAACACUUGAUUCACAUUGCAGGGGUUUCGAAGCUUUACUCUUUCAAUCAUGAACUAUUAGAUGAUAUAUUUAAUGCUUCCAUUGUUUGUUUUCACAAGAAAUAUCACGGGUAUUUUGUUAUGUUGACUAUUGACUUGGUAUAAUGGCACAGUAUGCCUAGUCUAACAAUCAUAUCACAUAUAAAAAUAAAUAAAUGAUAACAUGAUUUAUGUUCCAUGUAAGGUUCAGGGUUUGAAUAAUGCUCAUCAAACGCUGAAAUCUGUCAAGCACACAUCCAGGUCAUUAUUUCACCCCAAAAUCAAAGAGAAAAAUGGCAGAAUUGUUUUUGGGUAAAGAAAAUGAAGCCUGUUUUAUUCUCUUUUGCAUGUGAUAUUAUUUCAUGGCAAUUAAGCACAUUUCCUACUGUAUGAAGUUAUUCAUUAUAUUAAUAUACGAUUAGAUUAAUUGUAUUUAUACACCACUGUAGUAUAUGUAGGACUGCUUUAUUAUUUUUAAUGCAGUAUUUUUAUUGUAACAACAGUAAAAGCUGUAUGUGGAGAAAUAAAAAUAUAAUUUUAACAGGCUUGGUUUUUUUAAUGCAAAAUAUAGUUUUACUUCCUUCUGAUUUGGGUUGUGAAUGUGGCCUGUUUUGUGAGAUUCACUUGUACACCUGAAUUGCUUAAUUAGUGUAGAAUUAAGAAGGAAAUUAAACCUGGGGUCAAAAUGGGCUCUCAAAAAUAUUUUUACUGUAAUAAAAGUCAAACUUGUAACUAAUGAAAGUGAAAUGAAUGUUUUCAUUAUCAUGAAAAUCUUAAUUAUCCUAUAAUCACAAGCUGUAUUUUAUACAGAAUAUAUUUUUACUUGCUGCUGAUUUUGGGUGUAAGUGUUUCACUCAUUUGGUGUAUAAUCGGAAAGAAAAACAGUCCCAAAGUCCGACUGGGUGAAAUCUCACCUUUAUUACUGUAAUCCAUAGCACAGAAAUCUGUUUGCUUUUCUCAACUGUACUCAUGAACUGAUCGAAUCCUAGACUAUGAUCUGGACUCCAAACCCGUUUCCAGGACUCCUGUGUGAUCAAAUCCCCUCUUUGUUUCAUCUCAAAGAGAAAACCUCCCCUCUUACCUAUUGCUCUCUUCUCACAUUUUUCCUUUUCAUUCCUCUUUUCACACUCUCUCUGUCUUUGGAAGUGUUUCCCAGAGCAGCAGGUAGUCGAGUGUGUGUUGUGCCGGUGGAGUGUCUUCAGAUGGGCCUGUGUGUGUGUGUGUGUGUGUGUGCUAGAGCUUAUCACAUUAGAGAUCCUGUGUGAAGUGUGACGUUCUUACUGACGGCUUUCCUGGCUUCAAAGACGUGAACUAGUGGAUCAGAAGCACAUUUGACUGUUUAGGUCGUCACAGCAGCCCAGCGGUUCCCAUUUCCUCUCUGUAAUCUCUGAAAGCUCAUGGCAUUCCACUGCUUUAUACUGUUAGAGAACAUUCAAUCAUUCACUGAGGUCUUUCUGUGGUUACGAUAUGUUUAAUGUUA